AUUUCACUUAUUAUUAAACUUGACUAGUUGACGUAUCAAAAUGUUAUUUUUUGAUUCUUUGACUAAAGACAUAGUUGGUGUUGUGGUAACCCUUGUGGUUGUUGUAAUCGCUUAUUACAAGUGGUCGUACCAAUACUGGAAACGAAAAAAUGUGCCAUUUCUCGAACCAAGCUUCCCUUUUGGUAACACAACAAAUCCUUUAACCCGCACAGAAACCCUUGGUGUCACUAUACAAAAAGUCUACCAAGAAAUGAAAAAUCGUAACUGGAAACAUGGGGGGAUUUACUUGACUUCAAUUCCAGCAUAUUGUGCCAUUGACUUGGAAUACGUGAAAAAUAUAAUGACCAAAGACUUCCAAUAUUUCGUCGACCGUGGAUCUUACUACAACGAGAAGGACGAUCCACUUAGUGCCCAUUUGUUCGCAAUUGGGGGCUCAAAAUGGCGAAAUUUGCGAACUAAACUAACCCCAACUUUCACCUCCGGAAAGAUGAGACAAAUGUUUCAGACUUUAGUCGACUGUGAAUCCAGUCUAUUGAAAAAAAUCGAACUCGAAUAUUCAAAAAAGAGUCCAAUUGAUAUUAAAGAGGUUUUGGGGUGUUUCACGACUGAUAUAAUCGGGUCUUGUGCUUUUGGUCUCGAAUGCAAGACUUUUGAACAAGAAAACUCACCAUUUCGGGUCUAUGGUAAAAAACUAUUUCAAGGAUCAACCUCCCGGAACUUGAAACGAACACUUCUUACACAAAGUUUCCCGGAUUUGGCCCGGAAACUGGGAGUUUUGGCCUUGCCUGAAGACGUAUCUAAUUUCUUUAUGAAAGUGGUGAACGACUCGGUUAGUUAUAGGGAGAAGAAUAGUUUCACCAGAAACGACUUUUUGCAACUUUUGAUUAAUUUGAAGAAUAGUAAAAUUGCGGAAGAAGAGGGUUAUCAGCAUGAUGGCAAAACGUUGACUCUUGAAGAAAUUGCAGCUCAAUGUUUUGUGUUUUUCUUAGCCGGUUUUGAAACGUCUUCGACUACGAUGACUUUUGCUUUGUACGAAAUGGCCAAAAACCAAGAAAUUCAAAAUAAAGUAAGAGAAGAAAUUAGUACAGUUUUGAAGAAACACGAUGGGAAAAUCACGUAUGAGUCCAUCCAAGACAUGAAAUACAUGAAUCAAGUGAUUGAUGAAACUUUGAGGAAAUAUCCGCCAGUUCCCUUCGUGACCAGGAAAUGUAUCGCUGAUUAUAAAAUUCCCGACGAGGACAUUGUCAUUGAUAAGGGAACAACUGUAAUGAUCCCAAUUUUGGGGAUCCACUACGACAAGGAUUAUUACCCAAACCCUGAAAAAUUUGAUCCUGAAAGGUUCACUGAAGAGAACAAAAACGCAAGACAUCACUAUGCCCAUAUUCCGUUUGGUGAAGGCCCACGAAUCUGUAUUGGCAUGAGAUUUGGACUAAUGCAAAGCAAAGUUGGGUUAACUUCACUGUUGAAAAAUUACAAGUUUACGGUUAGUAAGAAGACUAAAGAACCUUUGAAAAUGCAAGUCCAGUCGUUUAUUUUGGCCGCCGAAGGUGAAGUAUGGUUGGAUGCACAUAAGUUGUAAAAAAAAAUGUAAAAAAAAAUAAAAGUUAUUUAAAAUGAGU